CAUAAAAUUAACGAAUUCGAAAAUUAAAAAAUCUAAAAACACUUUGUUGUACUUUUAAUUACAAUGGACAGUAUAAUACAAUCUUUACGAGAAAGUUAUCCAAAGUAUAAUGUUGAAAAACAAGAAAGCUACAGUUAUGUUGAAAUGUAUACAAAGGAAAAAUCUGAUAUAAUAAUCGUAUCCGCAAAGACAAAAACUGCGAGUACGACACCUUACACGGGAAAUAAUCAAAAUAACGAAACAGAGGAAUUAGAAUUGACAGGGUCACCGCUUAAACUGGAUUUGAGUUUGCACACUAUACUGGACGAUACCUUAAUAACUGAUGAGCCACAGCUUUGGAAAAAAGAAGAAGUAUUUCAUGCCCCCAUAGAUGUUGAUACAGCAAGGCAAGUAGCAAAUCAAUACAAUAAAAGUCUUAGCAUCAUAUCAAAAGAAAAUGCAUUACCUAUGUGGCUGUUAUGUAAUCCCAGUGAAGGCAACCCCUUAUUAAUUACUGUCCAGUCUAAUGAGGAAUGCUUUGCUAGGGGCAUAGUUACUUACGAAGGGUCCAUGGUAUUGGAUGAUAUUGAUAUUGACAAAUAUGUUGAAGAUUAUGUUGCUUAUGAAAAAAUUAAUGAAGAUGAGGUAAGCUUAUCUGUGGAUUGUAAAUAUACAAUAUCUGGAAUAUCUUAUGAAUCACUGACAAUGGAAGAGCAACUAAAUGCUCCACAUGGUGGUAUGACCGAGUUGUACUGUGAAUGGACUUCUAGGACUAUCAUCACACCAUUUAUAAGCUGUAAAGUUCAUUUCGAACAAGAAGUGACUGUGGGACAUUUAGCGAGUCCUUGCAAUGCUAUAUGGAAAUCAGUGUCGUCGCUUCAUAAUAUCAAUCAAUUGCUUGUGGAUAUGACAGCAGCUGGCUUUAACUCUGUUAAUUUAGAAACAGCUAUUAUAAGAAAUAUUAUCCCUGGAAUGAAGCAGUUGAACAACUCCAAGCGCAUCAAUAAUCUUCUAAACGAAACGGAAAUGUAUACAUACACCGCAGAAUGUCCCGCAGGUGGCUGUAUUUGUGUCACCGAAGAUACUACAACUUUGAGACAAUGUAUGACCGCUAUGUGUUCGCACGGUUCAAGCAAUGAUUUUACAUAUAAACUGUGGGACAUAUUAAGAGAUUGUGAAACUGCUGAAGAAUUAAUAACGUUAUUGAUUCGAGUCCUUAAAUUCAUAUCGUCUGGGAAAAUCAGACCAUUUAUCGAUGUUAACAACAAGACGUAUCUAUCGAAACUAGUCCUCAAACUAUCUAGAGGUCACUCUCAGACUUCGAAAGUACUGAAAAACCUAAGAUCGAGUCCACCCCAAGCAUUAUCACUUGUUGCACAAGUCGGUAUAGAGAAGUGUAUGUGGGAAUAUACCAGGAUUAUGUCGCUUCUAGAACAUUCGUUUUUCAUUGCUGGCGUUUGGAAUACUGAUGCCAGAUCACACGAAUCCAUCGAACAAAUAAACCAAACAAUCCAAGACAUGACGAUGGGUGGCGAUUUCACAUUAAACCCAUUCGAAAGUAUCACUACGACCGACCAUUCCAUACGUAUUGAUACGGAAUCGUUUUGUAUUGAUGACGCUAAUGAAUUAACCGUUGACGAUUUCGCCUCUCUCAAGAAACAUGGCUUGGUAAACGAGAAGAAAGAUGCCAAUGAGGUUCCAUUAAUAUCAGACGAGAUAGAUAUCAGCCCGUGGAAGAAUCUUCUGAUGAAGUUCGCUCAAAUUCAUGUCUGCUUGGAACACUUGUACCGUGCUGAAAAUUGUUUAAGAGCUGACUUUGCCCAACUAAAGCCGAUGGCAUCGAAGCUACUAGAAUAUUAUGUAUCUGAAAAGUCUCCCAUCAAAACCGUUGGGCAGUUGCUCAGCGAUCCCGUUCAGAAGAUUUGUAUUCCGAUAGCUAAUAGUGUUGUUCAAGAUCACUUGAAAAAGUCAGCGCUAUGGUAUAGAAUGGAAUUGAAAAAAAAACUAGAUUCAUCAGAUAAUUCCACAAGAAACUCCAAAGUCACUUACGUUUUCUCUCAGCUGCCCGUGUUUCCUCCGCAAGUUUGGCAAAUUUUAGAGCCGCCAACGGAAGAAAUAGCAGAAGUAACAACGAUCGAAGAAUUAAAAUAUAAUUGUACCAAAUACAUUAAUAUAAAUAAUAAGCUGUCGAGAAAAUUUGAAUUUAUAUCAUAAAGAUUUAUAACAUUUUUUUUAUAUAUUUUUUGAUAAUUAUGAGAUAAAU